AUGUCUACCGACGUGCGACUGAUCCACAGCCCGCCCAUCCCCGCGAACUUCCCGGCGAUCGGCGCAUUCCGCGCCCCCCUCCUCCCCGCUCCUAUCGUGGCGCACACAAACCAUCGCCUCGCGCUGACCCGUCUACUUUGCGGCUCUUUCCACUUCCGGGGUCUACACUCAGACCCCGCGUCUCACGAUCCGGCCUCGGUGACGUGCCGCAAGUGUGGGGAAGAUCUGGAAACGCCAGGCCAUGUGUUCCUGCAGUGUAGGGCCCGCGAUGUGGUGGAAUUGCGUGUGGAGUUGCGAGAGGAGCUGAGGCAGCGAUUUGGCGCAACACUGGCAAGCGAGCCUACGUCACAGGCAGAGGCGGAGCGACAACUCCGCGUAUUGAUCUUUGCGUGGGAGACGGUUGUGCCAAUGGCACGUUUUGUCUAUCGGGUUUGCAAAGCCUGGAGUUGGUUCGGUCGCAAACUGCCAUCGAUGGCCUCCGAGCUAGCGCCGCUGUCUGACGACGAGCAGAGUGACGACGAGGGUACCUCGAGCGAGGGGGAGAAUUCUGUGGGGGAGCGUGGUGACUGA